AUGUCAAGGUUGACUGGACACCCGACCGAAACCGGCAAGAGGAACGUGUUCAUGCCAUUCGGUGUCGUGCCAGAUAUCUUGGUACCUGGAUCGGGCCACGGGGAAGAGCAGUAUGGCGACGAGGAUGCGUGCGGCGACGAGGAUUCAUGCGGCGACGAUGACUCCCGGAAUGAAGACGACUUCUCCGGUGACGACUAUUCGGAUGACGGAACGACCGUGACAGACGAAUAUACACACGACAUAUCUCAAGACGGCGUCACUAGGCGCAACCGACUGCCCUCGCUUUUGGACCCUCUCAGUGCUGUCACUACAGAGGAGGCACGCAUACACGCUCAACGCACGUCCAUACUGCGUUUCUAUGCCGAGCCUUCAAGGUCUAGGCCACCGUUGAUCAGCAGAGCCGUUCCACCCAGUGUGGCGCCUGUCUUGCUGCACCCUUUGAUGCUCUAUCGUCCACCACGCCCAUGGAGCAUCCUUCCAUCGUCUCCCGCAGACGUUCAAUCUGCUUCCGACUUGCACAAGCCAAAGCGUCCACGGUCAAGCCGGACGUUGGCAGACGGCGAACUCAUCGCUGCAAAUUCCGUACGACAGUCCUCGCGUGUCCAGCAUGGGCUGAAUGACCUGCGCAGGAUGAUGGAAAUCCGGGCAGCAUCGACGGCGGCUAGUCGUGACGCGGAGCAGGCGAAGGAAACCAAUUCGAGCCCUUUGUCCUCCAAUCCCUUCAUGCGGAAAGCUCCCGUUAGUAAAGCUCGCAAAUGGCAAGGUGACGAAGUCAAUCGUCAGGGUGCGUCGUGCGCGAAGGAGCCAGGAUCAAAUUCAGUCGCAUGCAGGAAAACGUUAGGAUCGUCAGCUCCUCUCAAAUCCGAUCCAACCAUAUUGGCUACCAAACGACCGCUCAAACCCAUUUCGACACUCACCAAACCCGGGCUGCCCCCCAGCACGCGACCUAAUCACAAGAUGAAAGCUCUGCGCAGAAGCACACAGCCUAUGAACAAGACCAAACAAAUAAUGCUGCCCCAACUGUCAAGCACUCCUGCUACGACAACAAACGCGUUGCACUCAGCUUCAGGUGCUAAAGGAAUGCAAAAAGCUGACAAGCCGAAGACAGCACAGAACCUCGUGAACGGAAAGAACAGAAGCCAAGGGGUGCGCUUCGACUGGAAAAGCUGGGGCUGUGGAAGCUGACACCAGAUCGGACACGUAAAUAUAAUGUGUGCGAGCACAGACAAUGACCCUUCUAUGCAGAUACUAACAUCGAUGAAACGGAGACCCGUUGUGACCUGCACUAGUCCGGUGCAGCUUUCAUGAAUGCCUUAUUGGAUAUGUAUAGUCUACAGUAGCCAUUUGAAACCAUCUAUUCAAUAAUAUUUGCUCCUUUGAA